UCCCUCUCCUUCUUCUUUCUUCACACACACCAGAGAAACAGACUGACACCUCAUUUUCUCUAAGCGAGCUGCCGCUGCUUUCUCCCUCCUCAUUCCGUCCUUUGUUCGUUCUCUUCACUUCACCCACACACUAAUCUCUCAUGGAACAAAGCUAAAAAGAGUUCUGGAUUCAAAAAAAAAAAGAAAAGAAAAAUCCGAGUUCCAGAUUUGAAAAAGAAAAAGAACAAAAAAAAUUCCCAUAAACAAAACGAAACAAAACAAAUGAUCAAAAAGGGAAUUUGAAGCUGUUGGAUUGAAGAGCUGUUGUUUGUUGCUGGACUCGUUUGCCUCAAGUUGCUGAGUUUCAAUUCUACAACUUCCGACCUUCAUUUGGUUGAGUUCAUUCGUUUUUCUGCUAUUAGGCUAUUGAUUGACCUUUCUUCGGAAUCAGAUAGAUGGUUGCUUUCUAGUUCAGUUCCCUGUAUAGCAGAAUUGAGAAAUGAGUUUGAUUUCACGUCUGAGGCAUCGUUUGCCUGGUGUACUCUUGAGACAAUCGGUUCGAUCGAAUGUAGCUGACUCCUGUUUCAUUACCUCAUCUGUGUUUACUCGACACUUUUCUCAGCCUGCCAGGAAAGAGGAGGAAGACAAGGAAGAAGUAGAGAUUGACCAGAGAAAGCUUCCGGCUGAUUAUGAUCCUGCAACUUUUGAUCCUACUGAGCAUCGUAGUCCUCCAUCCGAGAGGGUAUGGAAGCUUGUAGAUGAAGUUUCAGGACUAACAUUGGUUGAAGUUGCAGAACUGUCUUCCAUUAUUAUGAAGAGGUUGGGUAUGACUGAGCAACCAAUGGUCGGUGUUAUGAAGGCAGGAGCUGCUGGAUUGGCAGCAGCAGCUAUGAAGGGACCGGAAGCAGCCAAGGAAGAAAAGAAACCAGAGAAAACUGUUUUUGAACUUAAACUGGAAUCAUUUGAUGCUGCUCAAAAGAUAAAGAUAAUCAAAGAGGUCCGCAGUUGUACUGAGUUGGGACUCAAGGAAGCGAAGGAGUUAGUCGAAAAGACUCCUGCUAUUUUUAAGAAGGGGGUGUCGAAAGAAGAAGGAGAACAAAUCAUUGAGAAGAUGAAAGCUGUUGGAGCAAAGGUUGUUCUGGAAUGAUAAUGAACAAGACAUUUGGUUUGAUACUGAGUUAAUCCAAAAGUAUUUGAAAACUAAAUUAUGCUUCAUUAGGCUUUGCGUUUUUGUAGUCUACUUUUCUUUCCUUUCCUGAAACCCCUCAGCUGUAGCUCACAAAUAAUUGUGUCCAUCAUUUUUGAUUGACAUGCUUAGCAGAAGGAAUGCGACUUAGUUGUAGUCUACUCUUGUAAUUGGCUGUAAUACGGGAUUAAUGAUUCUUUUCUUAUGGGUGGCUGGUUUGGAAGGAAAUGUGUUGUUACAGUGCUCAUUGAUAUCUAAUGCACGAAAGGCGUGAACUUUUCUCUUUUGUUUUGAUA